AUGUCUGCAUUCCGUGUUGCGCUGAUCACCGGUAUGUUCAAGGACAUUCAUUUAUCUGAAGGCCGGAUUAACUUCGUUUUCGCCAACGCCGGUAUAGGGAGUGCACUGGACUUUUACGAAACAAAGGAUGAAAUCGCCCCACCUCCAAAGCCAAACACCAGCGCCAUAGACGUAAACUUGAAUCGUGUGUGCUACACUAACUACCUGGCCGUUCACUAUUUCAAGUUACAAAAGCUUGAAGAUGCAUCUAUUGUCAUCACAGCGAGCGAUGCGUCAUUGUAUCCUGUCAUCUUCGCUCCGCUGUAUAGAGCAGCAAAACAGGAAAUGUGGACACCAGUAUCAGCUGUGGUAAAAGCAGUGCUCGCUCUUUUGGACGGGAAGAAGAUGACGGACGCAGUCGGAACGAAGGUUCCUGCAGACAAAUUGUACGGCCAGGCCGUCGAGCUCAGCGUUGACAAAAUUCAUUUCCGGUCACAACCUGAAUAUUGUGACGAAGCCUGUAAACAGAUUUCGCACGCUGUCACCAGCUUCACUAUGAGCAAGUCAAAUUCAUGUGGCGUAUGCACAACGAAACAAAGCGUCAUGGAUCAUUUUUAG